UCUUGGUUUGGCAGUUUUGACGACGCUAAACAAAACACGAACGAUGACUUCCACAAACGUGUUUCAAGAGCUGGACAGCAAUUCAAACCCGGGUUCGAGACAUAUAAGUGAUGAGUGGUGUCCAGAACAGGUUAAUCCACAAGACAAUCACAACACAAACCAGGAGACCCAGCAGUGGAGAGAAGAGCGACGCAGGGAACGAUGCUGCAAAAUUAUAUUUGCAGUUCUGAUCACCCUCUUUGUUGGGGCUGUGCUUGCUCAGGCCACAUUUCUCCCAGCUCUGGUGGCAGAAUAUAAAAUUCUUAAUCUAGAGAUAGAGAGAGAUGAUACCAUCCACCAGGUGAACCUGACAUCCACCCAACAGAAACUAGAACUCUGCUCAACAUCAAAAACAAAUGUUGCAGCAGAGGCCAGACAACUGAGGACCAUCCUUUCUUUAAAGGAAGUGCCUCUCUGUGAUCUGGACACCCUGCAGUGUAGGCGCUGCCCAUUAGGCUGGGAGGAGCACAGAUCACAAUGCUACAUCCUUUCCCUGCACACCAAAAACUGGCAAGCCUCUCGCAGGGAAUGUCUGGACAUGGGGGCAGACUUGGCAGUAAUUAGGGAUGAGGAAGAUCAAGUCUUCCUUAUCAAUUUUACUGUCCAGUUCUACCAGCGCCGCCCCGAGCUGGGCUUUCUGGGGGCGUGGAUUGGCCUGCAGGACCUGGUCCAGGAAGGGGAGUACAUGUGGGUCAAUGGGCAAGGUCUCCAACCGCAGCAUAUCUACUGGAGGACGAGGGAGCCAAAUAAUUAUGUUGCGGACUGGGAUGAAGACCAGGCUGGACAAGACUGUGUUAGCUUUGUCACGCUAGGGGAGAGGAACGUGGACAAACCACUCAACACCUGGGAUGACGUUGUCUGUGCUGGCGGACGUCAUUUUAUUUGUGAGACACCCGCACUUGGUCUGUAACUCAGGUCACGACAGACCAAGGUGGCUUAGAGGGUCAAAAUCAACCCCCCUCCCGUUUUUUCUGUUUGUUUUUUUCCCUUUCCCCCUUUCAUCUUUCCUUCCUUUUGUUUGAGUAAUUAAUACAGUUCUUUGAUAACUUGUGUUUUCCCUUCUUUACCUAAAUGUAUUCUGUAACC